CAGUAAACCUCAACCAUGGGGGACAGCGACAUGGCCACUUAUGGCAAGGCUGCCAUUUACCUCCGUAAGCCUGAGAAGGAGAGACUUGAGGCCCAAACCAUGCCCUUUGAUGCAAAGUCAGCUUGUUAUGUAGUUGACAAGGAGGAGUUGUACCUGAAGGCUAAAAUCAAGAGUAAAGAUGGUGGCAAAGUCACUGUUGAACUGCUUGAAUCCAAGGAGGAAAGAGUUCUUAAGGAGGAGGAUGUCCACCCCAUGAAUCCUCCCAAGUAUGACAAGAUUGAGGACAUGGCCAUGAUGACCCACCUCAAUGAAGCCUCUGUCCUGUAUAACCUCAAAGAGCGUUACGCAGCAUGGAUGAUCUACACCUACUCUGGACUUUUCUGUGCCACUGUGAACCCCUACAAGUGGCUCCCUGUGUAUGACCAAGAAGUGGUGGAGGCCUACAGAGGCAAGAAGCGUAUGGAGGCCCCACCCCACAUUUUCUCUGUCUCUGACAAUGCUUAUCAGUUUAUGCUCCAAGACAGGGAGAACCAAUCUGUUCUGAUUACCGGAGAAUCUGGUGCUGGCAAGACUGUGAACACCAAACGUGUCAUCCAGUAUUUUGCAACAAUUGCAGUCAGUGGUGGAAAAAAGGCAGAGGUAGUGCCUGGAAAGAUGCAGGGCUCUCUUGAAGACCAGAUUAUUGCUGCCAACCCACUGUUGGAGGCUUAUGGUAAUGCCAAGACUGUGAGGAAUGACAACUCUUCCCGUUUUGGAAAAUUCAUCAGAAUUCACUUUGCCGCAACUGGAAAACUGGCUAAAGCUGAUAUUGAGACUUACCUGCUGGAAAAGUCUAGAGUGACAUUCCAGCUUCCUGAUGAGAGAGGCUACCACAUCUUCUUCCAGAUGAUGACCAACCACAAGCCUGAGAUUAUUGAAAUGUGCCUCAUCACAACCAACCCCUAUGACUUCCCCAUGUGCAGUCAGGGUCAG